AGCAAGUUGGCAAAUCUGGAGAAGGGUCGACCACAAGAAAAAGCGGCACUUCUCUUGGACAGGCUUGUGUUUAACAAGAUAAAACAAGCAUUAGGAGGACGAGUUCGUAUAAUGUUGUCUGGUGCUGCGCCUUUGCCCGGGCCGUUGAGGAAUUUUUGAGGGUCACCAGCUGCAGCACUUUAUCACAAGGAUAUGGCCUUACUGAAAGCUGUGGUGGCUGUUUUACGUCCAUUGGCAAUGUUUAUCCUAUGAUUGGGACUGUGGGUGUCCCCUUGACAACUAUUGAAGCACGGCUUGAGUCGGUCCCAGAACUGGGAUAUGAUGCACUUUCUAGUGUGCCACGUGGAGAGAUUUGCCUAAGAGGAAAAACCUUGUUUUCUGGUUACCACAAGCGAGCAGAUCUCACUGAAGAAGUCCUUAUUGAUGGGUGGUUCCAUACAGGUGAUAUUGGAGAAUGGCAGCCUAAUGGAGCGAUGAAAGUUAUAGACAGGAAAAAGAACAUAUUUAAACUGUCUCAAGGUGAAUAUGUUACUGUGGAAAGCAUUGAAAGCAAAUACUUGCAAUGCCCCCUUGUCACAUCGAUUUGGGUUUAUGGGAACAGCUUCGAGUCAUUUCUUGUUGCUGUGGUUGUUCCUGACAGAAAGGGCUUGGAGGACUGGGCAGCUGAGCAUCAUUUGACUGAUGACUACAAAUCAUUGUGUCAAAACAUGAAGGCAAGAAAAUACAUUUUGGAUGAGCUCAAUAGUAUGGGUCAGAAACAGCAACUUCGAGGGUUUGAGUUGUUAAAAGCAGUUCAUUUGGAACCAAACCCCUUUGACAUAGAGAAGGAUCUCAUGACUCCAACUUUCAAACUGAAAAGACCGCAAUUACUCAAAUAUUACAAGGACCGAGUCGAAAAACUUUAUAGUGAAGCAAAGGGUGGAAAAGUGUAAGAACAGAGCUGCAAGCAACUAUUGGAUAAAUCUCGCUACAUCACUUUCCCAAAAUUUCGAUUGCCUGCUCUUUCGUUGAUGAAAAACUACAUAUGACUGUAAAAGAAUUUAUAGCCGGGAUUCACCCAUGUUGACCUUUAUUCUAAGCUUGUGUAUAAAUAAGUAGAGAUCAUAUGAAAUUUUCAUAUUUAUUUUUUCAUCCGAGAUAAAAUAUUUCAUGUUCACCCCAGAAUUCGU